GAUGCACCAAUUAUUGGCAGGCCUGCAAUCCCUUCUGUGGAUCAUUUGGGUGAAAAAAUACAAUGGGUACAAUGUGAGGACUGUUUCAAGUGGCGAAAAGUUCCUGACAGUGCUCUCCUUCCAUCAAGAUGGACCUGUUCAGAAAACUCAUGGGACUCCGAGAGGUCUGUGUGCUCGGCAGAUCAAGAAUUAACAGCAAAUGAUCUGAGAGACCUACUGCCUCGUAUUAAUAAAGCUGCCAAGAAAAUGAAGGCUUCUAAACAGGAAACAGACUUGGUUGAGGCUCUGGAUGGGCUUGAUGCACUUGCUAAUCUCGCUAUUCUAGAAGAGGGAGAGACUCUUCCAGCAUCAUCACAGGCCACAACGAAGCACCCACGUCAUAGACCUGGGUGUACCUGCAUUGUGUGCAUUCAGCCCCCAAGUGGAAAAGGUCCUAAGCACAAGCAAUCAUGUGACUGUAUUGUCUGUAAAUCAGUAAAGCGUCGUUUCAAAACAUUGAUGCUGAAGCGUGAAAAAAAGUUAUCAGAGAAAGAAGCAGAAGCUGCUUGUCAAAAGCUGCAGCCGCAAUUGGCUGGACAACUGCUUGAUGCUGGUGACAUUCAAGAAUCUAUUGAUGAUGCAGGGCAUUUUAGCCCACAGCGCGGAGAGCUGAACAAUGAGGGUUAUGCUGAUGAUCCCAAUUACCCUAAUGAGAAGAAAUCUUCUGCUUUGCCAUGUAAAGGUGAAAUUGACCUGAAUGCUAAGCCAGAGAGGGAUGAUGAGCUUUCACCAGGCUCUGAUUCUGGCAGCAUAAUGCACAUACUCCAAGUUGCUGCAGAGCAAUAUGUCAGGCAUUGUGGGAAUGGAAGUUUCACGGGUAAUCAUGAAAAUGGAGAUGGUACUGGAGAGACAAAUCCGAAUAAUUGUGUUAUUGUUGGUGAUACUAAUCAAACUGAUGUAGACCAUAAUAGGCCUUUAUCUAUAGGCACGGCUGCAUCUUUGGCACCUAAUAACCAGUAGGAUACUCCUCCAUCCGGCACCUAAUAUUAGCUUGUGCUAUAUAAGAAAUCAGAGGUGCUCUUGCAGCAUAGUGGUAACAUGUAUAUUUAGGCUUUACAGGUAUUCCAGAGUUGUACAUAGGUAGGUGUAGUAAGUGAUGCAACCUCUCUGCACAGGUUACUUUUUUAAUGGGUGCGAGGUGCCUUGCAUAUUAUUAUAAAUGGCCGGAAGGGUUUUGGAAUGUUCAAUCUUUGUGUGAAAAGAGCUUGUUUCUUUUUUAUUUUUA